AUGUUUGUCAAACAAAAUAGCAUACUGAUGAAUCCAAUAAAACAACAAAUUGCAAAACUUGCAACAGUUGCAACAAAUACAAUUAAAGAACAUGCACAAGAACCACCAAAAUAUGUACUAAGUUCCCUUCGUUCAUUCCCAUCUUUAAAACCAACAACUUUCCAACCAAUCCCAUCAUCAUUAUUAAAUACACCAAUCCGCCGUGAUUUAUUAUGGAAGGCCGUUAUCUUUGAUGCGGACAAUGCUCGUGUUGGUUCAUCUAAUCCAAAAGCUCGUAAUCAAAUGGGUUAUUCUAAUAAAAAAUUGGCACCACAAAAAGGUACAGGUAAUGCCCGUGUUGGUGAUAGAGGUUCUCCAACAAGACAUGAUGGUGGUGUUGCAUUAGCUAGAAAUGCACCAAAUUUCCAUCAAACUGAAUUGCCAACAAAAGUUUAUAAUAAGGCUGUAAGAAUUGCCCUAAGUGAUGCUUAUAGAAAUGGGAAGAUUUUCUUGAUUAAAGAUGAUGAAUUAGAUUUACCAACAAAUGAUGAUAUUGCAAUAAAGAUGUUUUUAAGAAAAUUUGAAAUUAGUAAUAAAAAAUUAUUAUUUAUAACUAAUGGAUUGAAAGAAAAUUUAUUAAAAGCAACUGAAUUUAAUUCUAAAAAAAUUGAUGUUGCAGAAAAAGAAGGUGUUAAAGUUAAAGAUUUAUUAAAAGCUGAUAAAAUCUUCAUUGAAUUGAAAUCUUUACAAUAUUUCCAAGAUAUAUAUGGUGAAAAUUGA